AUGGUCCGGGUUACAUCGUCCGAUGAAGCAGCCACAGUCGUCCGUUUUGCCACAUGUCAUGAGAUUCCCUUCACAGUCAGAGGAGGAGGUUACUCCACCAGCGGCGCAUCAACAACUCACGGUGGUCUCGUGUUAGAUCUAUGUAGGCUUCGGGACGUCCACGUAGAUCCGUACUCCCGCGUUCUCACAGUCCAAGGCGGGGCGUUGUGGGAAGAUGUAGAUAUUGCAGCCGCGCAGUAUAAGCUGGCAGUGGUCGGAAGCACACUGAAUCAGAUCGGAGCUGCUGGAGCAACAUUAGGAGGAGGCUAUGGAUGGUUGACCGGCCAGUACGGCCUCGCGAUUGAUAACCUGCUCUGGGCGAGAAUGAUCUUAGCCGAUGGCAGUAUAGUGAUAGCAUCGGAAGAGCAAUACCCAGACCUGUUCUGGGCCAUUCGCGGUGCCGGUCAGAGCUUUGGGGUAGCAGUUGAGUUGGGCUUCCGAGCCCAUAAACAGGAUCAUCAUGUCUUUGCUGGGACUCUGCUAUUCACUGCGGACAAAUUACAUGCGAUUGUCAAUUUCGCCAAUCAGUUCGAGACUAUCACCGAUGGUAAGCAGGGCUUCUGGUUUGGGCUCACUAUGCUGCCGUCUAUGGCGCAGUGCUCCAUCUUGGUGGUUGUUUUUUAUAAUGGACCCCAGGCAGCCGCGCAACGGUUCUUUUCUCCAAUUCUGUCGCUGGAAUCGGUGAUGGAUAGGACGCAGAUGCUUCCUUACGAUAGUCUCAACGGCAUACUAAACUCGGUGGAUAUACUGGCAUGCCGGGGAAGCCUUUCAAGGGUGGAUAUCAAAUAUCCUGCCGAUAUGAGUGUGAUUGUUCCUCGAAAAAGCCUCAGAGGUUCAAACGUCACUCUCCCUCUAGAUGUCGACUUUGUGCUCUCCAUAUACGAUGAAUUCAAUAGUGUGUUGAGGGACUACCCGCAGACAAGGGAAAGCAGACUGCUUUUUGAGCUCUUGCCAAAUAUACAGCUCGCUAAAGUUCCUAAUGAUGCCACAGCGUUUGCCAGUCGCGGUCCUUAUUACAAUGUCAGCACCCUCUUUGAAUGGAGUGGGGCAUAUCUUGACCACAGAAUACGCUCACGACAAAAGAGUCUGAUGGACCGGAUUGGAACACGCGGGGGCAUUGCAAGGCAACCGAAUUAUAACAUGUCGAAACAUGGAACCGGGUUAUAUGCGAAUUAUGCUGGUAUGUUGCCCGGAGAAGUCAACUUCUUCAUCCACUGUCGUUGA